CUUUCAUUCAUUCAUCAUUCGCCUAAAUGGAAUAUGGCGGUGCUCAGCAGGAUGUGCAUAAAUUUUUAAUUUUGCUUGAUUUGAAACAAUUUGCGGACUACUAGAUAUUGUUUUUAUAUUCAUUGUUAAUUGGUUUUUGUGCAAAGUUUAAGAUUGUGUGAAACUUUUGUCCCUCGCGAGGGGAUCGUUAUCUGGACUUUAAUUUUGAGAUGAAAAUUAUUACUUCAUUGGUGGUGUAAAAAUAAUUGUGACAAAUAUAUCAGCUUAACCAGCACGGCGUGGAGGCCAUGGCUACGCUCAUCCAAGAGAACGGCAUCAAGGAGUUGAGCAAUGGCAUAUCCACGCACAGCGUCGCCAGUCACAUGGUGCCCGACCACGAGUACUGCGAGGCGGGCGCGGCCAGCGUGCCACAGGGCUGCUCCGCCGCCGCGCCCGCCGACUUAGCGCCGCCCAUAGCCGCUGAAGAGGAAGAGGACACGCCCGAAAUAGACAUAAUGAUAAACAAUGUUGUGUGCAGUUUUAGUGUUAAGUGCCACCUGAACUUGAGACAGAUAGCUUUGAACGGUGUUAACGUAGAGUUCCGCCGCGAGAACGGAAUGGUAACCAUGAAGCUGCGACGCCCGUACACCACCGCCUCGAUAUGGUCCUCGGGGCGUGUGACUUGCACGGGCGCCACAAGCGAAGAUCAGGCGAAGAUAGCGGCGCGCCGGUACGCACGUGCGCUACAGAAGCUGGGCUUCCAGGUCCGCUUCCAGAACUUCCGAGUAGUCAACGUAUUAGGAACAUGUCGGAUGCCGUUUGGCAUUCGCAUAAUUGCAUUCUCCAAUAAAUACAAAGAGGCAGAUUAUGAACCAGAGCUGCAUCCUGGUGUUACUUAUAAAUUAUAUAAUCCUAAAGCCACACUGAAAAUAUUUUCCACCGGUGGUGUUACUAUCACAGCUCGGAGCGUGAGCGACGUGCAGUCCGCGGUGGAGCGCAUCUUCCCGCUCGUGUACGAGUUCCGUAAGCCGCGCACGGCCGCGGACGAGGAGCUGCUGCGGCAGAAGCGCGCGGCCCGCGCCGGCGCGCCGCCCCCGCGCGCCGCCCCCGCCGCCCCCGCCGCGCCCCCCGCGCCCGACCUCAUGCAGCUGGUGACGCUGUCCGACGACGACGCCGACGCCGACGCCGACGCCUGGGAGUGACCCGGCCGCGGCUGCAGCCCGCGCGCCCGCGCCCCCGCGCUACCCCCUCGUAGUGAUACACCAUACGGCGAAAUGUAGACGCCGAGAAUAGUGCGUGCACCCCGUCCCGGGAUAUAAAUCGUCCGUGAACAGUGGCCUGAUUGUCUUGUUUUAAAAUCUUUCGCGAUCACUUUUAAUUUGACAUUUGAAAGAUAUUUACCAACUUCACGCUACAAUUAUUUUGACAUGUGAUAGCGAUUGCAAUCGCGACGUUUUUUAAAACUAUUAAAUGAACGAUAACGUUAUUUGACGUUAAU